AUGAAAUACCCAGGUGGCAUCCACAUAUCAGCAACGAAAUUGUUCCAACUUUUAUUCAUCAUGAAAAAGAGGGAGAACCCCGAUCUCCGGCGAUUCCUUUGUGUGUUCCUACACAUCACUGGUACCAAAGGAGGAAUGAUGGCAAAAACAACAAGGUCGAAGGGGAAGGCAGGAGGAAGUAGAGACAGUAGUUGGCGGCGAGGAACUGCUCUGGUAGCCCCCUCGUCGAUUCUUUCUUCUUUUUCUGGCAACAUAUCUCAAAGAUGGAGGCAAAGAGAGACAGAUCGGAGAAACACAACAGGUAAAGGGUGUUUGGUUGUUGCUGUUCGACCGGAAGGAAGCGAGAAGAGAAAGAGAAGGGUCGCCUCCCUUUUCUUGUUGCUGGAGGAUCACCCACCUCCGGUGACUAAGCUAAUUAAUUGCUAUUUAGUGUCACUUGUGCUUCCAUAUCAGCAAAACCUGUAG